UUUCAGAUUCUCAAGAAUUGGCUAUGAAGAACAAACCGGAUUUACCUUUGCACACAAAAUGCGACAAAAUGAGCAAAAAGAAAAAUCUCAAAAACAGAAAAUUCAGUCAAUGGCAAAAAUUGCCUGAGGAUAUUAUGAGAGAAGUACUGAAACAGCUGGAUUUUGAAGAUAGAAGCAUCAUCCGUCAAUGUUCACGCACAGAAAUGAUUUUGGCUGACAAAAUUCCAGAAAACUUGAACAGUAUCAAUUUUCUUGAAGGAUCCGACCCAACCAAUAAGAAAUAUUAUAUCUUCCUGGACAUUGACAAUAUUCCUAACAAAAAACUUAAAAAUUUCAAUCAAGAAACUAGGAUGGCCGUUGGAGUCGGGGCAGUUGAGACUUUCUGUCGAAUUUUCCGUAACAAAAACUCAAAUGCAAAACGAGUUGUGUUCGAAUUCCCAUUCCGAUCGACUCAUCGUUCAAUUAUGCCACUUUUGAUUUCAGAACUUGAAAAAUCCGAAAUUAUUAUCAAAGCUCGAGAAAUCGCAAUAGACUGCAAUGAAUCUACGUCGAAAUGGAUUCAAAAGCUCCUAAGCCGCUUCGAAAUGGAAUACCUAGAAAAAAUCACAAUGAAAUCGCUGAGUGGGAAGGUUUUUGACAAACUGAAAAUUACCGAUCAUUUCAAGAGAGCUAAAUCCUUGGAUCUUCACGCCAAGAAGAAUCCGAGGGGGUACACGCCUGGGGUAGAUCAAACUGUCGUAGUGGACUAUGCCAUGCUGAGCCACGUGGAGAAAUACAUGCUCACAGUGCAUCAGCUGGUACCGGAAGAUGCUUGGAAAGUGAUCAAGAACUUCCGCUCGAGACCCAACCUACCCAUUGGCUCGUUUUUCAACAUUGAGGUUGCUGUAAUCAUUGAUCACUUGCAAGUUUUGCGCCAAUUCGAUGUUCAGCCAAAGCAUCAGCCUCCUACAAUUGCCGCAUUACAAUUGAGCUACCCAGCCUACACUUAUCACGUGCAGUUCUUCGAUGUAGAGGACUCCAACAAUAUUCUCGUUGUCUCAAUCAGCAUAUUUGAUGUGACUGGAUCAAUUUGCAGCCGGGAUCAUAUUUGGGAAACGUUUCGAACGAAAUUUUAGUAAAUUUUAAUUAUAAGCACAAAUUGUUAUCAAUGAAUUAUUUUAUAUCAC